GGAAGUAAUAAAAAGGCGGACAGCAGAUAUGAAUUGAACCGUUUUUGUGAAAUUUAAAUGCUUUUUCGAAGUGUCUUUUGUCAAUAAGAAUUAAUGUAAAUAUAUAUAGAAAUAAGGAUGACACGUAAGUUUCGAAUUGCAGUUUGAAGUCAACAGCGAAGCUUCUGCAAGAGUUUGUCUCUAGGAUGGCGCUGACAACGGCUCGCUGUGCGAAAGCACUGCAGCUCACCCUCGCCGUCAUCAAACCCGACGCUGUCGCUCAUCCAUUGGUACUUGAGGCUCUCCAUGAGAAAAUCCUGGAGAACAACUUCAUCAUCGUCAAGGCAAAAGAGACAGUGUGGCGCAGGAAGGAUUCAGAGAGGUUUUAUGCUGAACACAAAGGGCGGUUUUUCUACCAGAGGCUGGUUGAGUUCAUGUCCAGCGGCCCGAUGUGGGCCUACAUUCUGGCUCGGGAGGAGGCCGUGUCUCACUGGAGGGCCAUGAUGGGCCCCACCAAAGUGUUCCGGGCGCGCUACGACGCUCCGGGCUCUAUCCGGGCCCGCUUCGGACUGACCGACACCCGGAACACCACCCACGGGUCAGACUCUGAGGACUCCGCCUGGAGGGAGAUCGCCUUCUUCUUCCCAGAGUUCUCUGUGGCGGAGUGGAUGGAGAGGGCGGAGCCUGCUUUCAGGGCGGGGCCAGUGGAGUACGACCCGCACAGACGGAUGCACACGCUACUGGGACAACACAGACCAAAGGGCCCACUAGAGACAGAUCCACAGCACCGACCAGAGGGGGCCCACUAGAGACAAUAAGAUGGUGGUUUCAUUAGCUGAAGAUGUGGAGUGAACAGUUCUUCCCCUUGGCGUACUUUUGUGCUUCAGAAGGUUUUUGUUUUGCUUCUUGGUGACUCAACAUUCAGCCUAAUUCCAGCCCAGGCCUUGUUACCAGGGAGACCACUCAAGCUCUGUUUGGGGCAUCACUGUUGCUGUUUUCACAGAACAUGUCUGAGAGAUCUGUCAAAAAUAAAAUAAAGCUUCCAUUCCGUUGA